AUGUCCGAUACAGCGAACAUUAAACGUCGAAACCCGGGGAAAACUUCCGAAUUCUCUGCAGACAACGAAAUUCCCAAAGAUUAUGAUAAUGACAAGUCUCACAGAUCUAACAUUCACAUACAUGGAGUGCUACCUUGUAUUCCGGCAAACAUACUUCUUGUAACAUUUCUUGCUGGGUUACUUUUCCUUGCAUAUUACUUACAUUAUACACUCCCGACGCCUGUCGAGGAGAGCUAUGGACCGAACGGAAAAGCUGUGUUUUCUGAGAAAAAUGCGCGAGAGAUUGUUAGAGUGCUUUCGGAGGACAUAGGGUAUCGCAUCGUGGGCACAAGAGAAGAGAAGAGCAGUUUGGAUUAUCUUCUGGAAUUAAUUGAAGAGUAUCGUCAACUAUCUCGAGCUAAUCCAAAUGCACCGGAAUUUGAUGUCGAUGUUCAAAUCGGAACUGGUUCUCAUAGAUUUGAUAUGAUGAGCAAAGUGGUCAUGAAGCAUUACGUUAAUGUGACUAAUUUGGUCGUGCGUCUCUCAUGUGGUCCCGAAUGUAAUAAGAAUGCGAUAUUGAUGAACUCACAUUUUGAUUCUUCUUUGGCUAGUCCAGGCGCUGCUGAUGAUGGCGUGGGGGUUGCGGUUAUGUUGGAACUGAUCCGUGUGAUGAGUCAAAGUCAAACAAAAAGAAAAAACGCAGCAGUAUUUCUGUUCAAUGGUGCAGAGGAAAGCUUACAAGAUGCAAGCCAUCACUUCAUAACGACACAUCCAUACAAAGAUACUAUUCGGGCAGUUGUUAAUCUUGAGGCGUGUGGUCAAUAUGGUCGUGAAAUUCUCUUCCAAGCUAAUUCGCUUGAAAUGAUCCAAGCAUAUCAAGCUGUUCCCUACCCACAUGGAACUGUUACGGCGAAUGAUAUAUUCAGAACAGGACUUAUUCUGUCAGAUACCGACUUUAGACAAUUUGUCGAUUAUGGCAACUUGACUGGUCUCGAUAUGGCUCUCUACAAAAACUCAUAUUUCUAUCACACACCACUCGACAAACUGGAAAGCAUAACACCUGGCACGGUUCAACACAUGGGAGAUAAUAGCUUGGCAUUAUUCGAAUUUCUUACCACCGAGGCUGAUCUUACAAAUCUUAAAUUCACUUCGAAUGUUAUUUAUUACGAUUUGCUCGGGCAAUACUUUAUAGUUUAUGAGUGGAAGACAGGCCAAUUGAUUCACGGGGCUACCAUCUUCAUAGUUAGCAUCUUGAUUAUAAUGGAAUCGAGGAGGAUUAAGGACGUAUUAUCAUUUGGAUUAGGAGCCUCGACAGUCGCUGUGGGUCUGAUAUUAGGUGUAGCAAUUCCCAAUAUUAUCGCUAAAGUGUAUACGGUAAUAUUAGACAAAAGAAUGUUAUAUUUCUCCAACGAACUAUUUCCACUUGUUAUGUACGGUCCCUUCGCACUUAUAGGAAUAUAUUUGUCUCAACUGCUAUUUAGAAACUUAAUACCGACAAUGGUCUUUUCACUCGGGGAGCGUCGGCUGGAGAGAUUCGCUUAUUUCUCUGCUCUUGUCUUCUGGGCAACGGGUUUGGCGAUAACAACGUAUUUUGAAAUCGCUUCAUCUUUCGUAUUCUGGCUAUUUACCGUUGCAUUCAUAGCUGGAUUGUUUUUCAACGACGUUCUGAUAAGAGAUAGAAAUAACAUACAUCUGGGGACGUAUAUGGUGGCUCAAAUCAUACCAACUCUUCUAUUUGGUGAUGGUACUUUUAGCUUGUUGGAUUUAUUUGUUCCGUUGACUGGCCGUACAGGAGUAGAUGCUGCUGUUGAUAACAUUGUUGGGACAUUAACUGGCAUAAUUGUCUUCCUUCUGUUUCCGUCGUUGAAUGCAUUUAGCCAUCGAUUUGGUAGGAGAGGGCUACAGAAGUCGUUGGUAACGUUUGGGAUAAUUGGUACUGCGGUUCUGAUAGUGUUUGGUGUAUAUCCUGGCGUAUUUCCGUAUGACGAAAUGCACCCAAAGAGAAUAUACGUUCAAUAUGUGACUAAUCUCACAUCUAAUACAGCUGAGCUGCAAAUAGCUCAUGCAGAUCAAGGACCAUUGGAACCUGUAAUUAGAACCUUCGAAGAAAGCUUCAGUGCCCAAAGCAUAUUCAAAACCCACACGGAAGAAACCCGUGAUUGGGAUGUAAUAUAUCCAUUCUCUCAAUUUCUUGAGUCAUACACAAUACCAGUUCCUUUCAAUAGAUCGCUUUCGAUUGAAGAGAAUCAACAUAUUCCUCUUUUGUCCACUUCCAGGGUAUCCUAUGACUCGGUUACUAAGACACGUCAUCUUACUCUUAUGUCUUAUCAUCCAACGUUAGUCUGGACAGUAAUCUCAUUCUCGGCCAACGUGAGCGAGUGGUCAAUCGGUGAAGCCGAACCAUUCCCGCAUGAUCAUCGAUAUAUCGUGAAGAUAGUAAGCGGAUGGGAAUCAAACGCUUGGCGAUUGGAUGUAUCGUAUGCGGCCGAGAGUGAUAUGGAUAGAUUGAAAAUUGACUUCUCUGGAUUAGUUAGGGAGACACUUGGACAUAAUGGGUGGACAAAAAACAAGUGGUUGAAUAUGGCGAAAGAGAACACUCCUGAUUGGGUAACUGGAGCGUAUGUUGCAAGUGUUAAUAAGGUAUACUACUUAUAG